AGAAAUCAAUAGCUGGAUGGAGAGGUUUUGUCCACAAAAAAAAAAAAAAAAUCUGUCACAGACUCGCAUGGCUGCAGUAGUUGUGACCCCAAGAUGCAGGAGACUGGAGAGCGAUGUACAGACAUUUCCACAGGAUUGCCUCUGAUAAGAAGUCACACCCAGAUGUCUGUGUCCAAUUCCCCCUUUGGCUCCAUCCAAACCAAUCAGAUUCAACAGAAUCUCAGGGGUCUAAUAUCAUCUGUCCACUCUUCAAUUUGUAAGUCCUUCACCUUGCAAACUUCAUCUCCAGGAAAACCUCCACAUUACAGAACCCAAGCUUUCACUGCUUUCUUGGUUUGUGUAUCUCUGGACUAUCAGGAAGGUUAUUAAACAUGGCGACGACACUGCAUCUCAUCGGUGGAAAUGGAGGCAAUGCAUUUGCCUUCACUGGCCUUGACAAUGGUGCCACCCUUAAGAAGAUUGGAGUGGCAGUGGGCGGCUGGCAGAUCAAAGCCGUGCGAGCCGAACUGACCGACGGGCGUGUGCAGACCUUUGGAAAUGCGCACACUUUCAGUGAGUUUACGUUCAACCUUGGCGAGCACAUCACCAAGCUGUCCCUGUGGGGGAACGGCGCCGGGACACGUCUAGGUGGCAUCAGGUUCUGGACGAGUUCUGGACGCGAGUUCUUCGCACACAUGAAUGACUGGCCCCUGAAGAUCGAGUACUCUAUCAACACUGGGUCUGGAAUCUGCCUGGGGUUGCAGGGGAGAGCUAGCGCAGACAUCGACUGUUUGGGGUUCCUCUUCAUCAAUGCCAUCAAGUCGUCUGUGCUAACCAACAUGACCUAUCCCACUCUGGCCACGUACACACCCCAGGUCAACAAAGAGUACAUCAAAUCGGUGUCUUAUCGCAAUGACACCUCUGAGACUCAAGAGCAGAAAUGUAGCUACAGCAGAUCUGUGAUCAAGUCUAAAACCUGGAGCACCACCGCUAAGAUUGAGUUCACCGUCAGCACGACCGUUUCAGCAGGGAUCCCGGAUCUGGUGGAGGUGUCCAGUGGGUAUAGCUUGACCGUGGGAGCUGAGACGACCUCCACAAUUACCCAUGAAGAGACCAUAACAGAAUCAGAUGAGGUCAAUGUGAAGGUCCCGCCAGGAAAGACCGUGAGCGUUGAGUUGUCAGUGGGACGAGCAAUCAUCGACCUCCCCUACUCGGCCACUGUGAAAAUCACGUGCCUGAAUGGCAGCGAGCUGGCCUUCGCAUCCAGUGGCAACUACAUUGGUGUGGCUUACACUGCAGUGAAAGUGAAAACCACUGAGUCUGAUAAAGUCAUGAAUGUUGAAUAAGAUGCAUCAACAUCUUACUGUGCACAGUUUUUACGUUGAUUGCAUAACAUUGGUUUGAUUGUUAAUGCAAAGCCAUGUGAACUUGCUGAGUGAAUGACUGUCACAGAUAA